AUGAGGAAAGCACAUGUAUUGGUGGUGCCCUAUCCAGCUGAGGGGCACAUAAUUCCUUUACUGGAGCUGUCCCAACGGUUGGUCCAACAUGGGUUGGAGGUAACGUUUGUAAUCACUGAGCACAUUCAACAGAAAAUGUGGGGUAGCAAUAGCAUAGGAGGAGGAGAAAGCAACAUUAUUGGUGUGGCUUUGAUUGAAGAUGGGUUGUCGUUAGAGGAUCGAAACAGACCAGGGAAGUUGUCUGAAUCAGUGUUGCUGGUGAUGCCUGGGAAAGUGGAAGAAUUGAUUGAAAAGAUGAAGAACAAUGGCGUAGUGAUAAGUUGUGUUGUUUGUGAUCAGAGCCUAUGCUGGGCCUUGGAUAUUGCUAAGAGGAAACAAAUUAAAAGCGCUGCUUUCUGUCCUGCUGCGGCUGCGCUCUUGCUCCAGUCAUUCAAUAUUCCAACCUUCAUCGACCAAGGCAUCAUUCUUGAAGAUGGAACUCUGGUGAAGAAGCAAAUAAUCAAGUUAUCACCAGAAAUGCCUGCCAUGAACUCGGCACACUUCGUGUGGACCUGUCUCGGACCUCUCGGCAACAAGGAGAUGCAGAAGAACGUCUUUCAGCUCAUGCUUAAAAACAACAACUCAGUGAACAAUACCAACUGGUUACUCUGCAACUCCACCUACGACCUUGAGCCCGCAGCGUUCAAUAUGGCUCCACAAAUCCGACCCAUUGGUCCACUUCUGGCAAGCAACAAUCGUCUGCUUAGCUCCGACCCACAAGACUCAAAAUGCCUCAAAUGGCUCGACCAACAGAAACCACAAUCAGUCUUAUACCUUGCCUUUGGGAGCUCCACCAUUUUCAACCCUACACAGUUUCGAGAACUGGCCUUGGGGCUCGAACUCUCCAACACACCUUUUCUCUGGGUUGUACGGGCCACUAAAACAGAGGAAGCUAGUAAGGGUGGCUUGUUUCCAGAAAGGUUUCUUGAGAGAGUAGCCAAUCGAGGGCUAAUAGUUGACUGGGCACCUCAACAGAAGGUUCUGAGUCAUAGUUCUGUUGCUUGUUUUGUAAGCCAUUGUGGGUGGAACUCAACUGUGGAAGGUGUCAGCUAUGGUGUUCCUUUUUUAUGCUGGCCUUACUUUGCUGACCAGUUUAUCAACCAGAGCUAUAUUUGUGAUGUUUGGAGAACUGGGUUGGGGUUUGAUCGAGAUAAAAGUGGGGUCAUCACCCGAGAUGAGAUAAGAAUUAAGGUCGAGAGAGUGAUAAAUGAUGAAGAAAUGAAAGAAAGAGCCUUGCGUUUCAAGGAAAUGGCUGCUAAUAUUGUUGAUGAAGGUGGAAGCUCUAACAAGAAUUUCAGGGACUUCGUUGAAUGGGUGAAAUCAUAAAAUAAAUAAAUAAAUAAAAUCGAUGAUGAUGAUGUCAAUAAACUGCAAAUUCCUAAACAAACAAACCGAGAAUCUUAUGAUGAUAGUAACUAGGUGGAUUUCUUUAAAAGAGUUUCCUAAAAUAUUUAGUUAUUCUUUACUCUGCAAUAUUAUUGGAAAAAGAGCUAUUAGUAUGUUAAGAUGUUCAUAAUAUAGCUUAAUAAUUUGCGUCUAUGCUAUAUCAAGAUGGCAUUUACCUUUGAACCUCACGUCGUAAAACAAGUGUAAACAACAUACCAAUGACUCGUCAUUGUUGUUCUUUUCAAUCCUGUCCAAUAUUCAAAACAAGAAGGCUACAUUAUUUUAAGCUUGAAUUCAUGAUCCAGACAGCACAAAGGGGUACUUGAUCCCUCCGACU